AUGGGGCUCACCAAGAUUCGCAGCAAACUGGACGAGUACCAGCGAGAUCGAAAAGGGUCGCAGCAAUCCCAGUCGCAAUCCCGCAAGCAGAGCACGGAUUCGACGCUGUCCCGCAAGCAAAGUACCGAUUCGACGCUCUCCAGCGACAGCAACAAUUCCAAGCCAGAUACAGUCAGGCCUCUAUCUGAUGCCGAGAUGCUGGAGCGAGCGCGAGAAGCCCACAUGAAGGUCAACUUCGGGUCUCUGGCGUCGGGACCCGAAUGGGGCGGACCGUGGCAACGAGUGGAAAGCGCUGACCAGUUUGUGGUUUUCCGGGGCAAGUCCGCUACGAGCAGCAAGUGCACUGAGAACGGGGUGGAAGUCAUGUGCGCCGGCGAACUUGAAGCUAGCGUGGAGGAGGUCGCCAGCAUUCUUCGGUCCAGCUCGGAAGCUGAGCACAACGCCGCCAUGAACGGAUUGUACAACAAAGGCUUCAUCUUCGGCUCCUUCGAGCGUGACGUUCAAUGCUCCGAAAGCGAGAACCAGAACGAUGACGAUGACGAUGACGAUAUCGACAGCGACGAGCAGCUCGCGGUGAAGACCAAGAGCUUCUCGCGCACGGCCAUGCUGGCGCGCAACGAGCAGUGGUGCUACUUCGACUACUUCCAGCGCAAGAAGGACCGCGACGGGUUUAUGAUCUCCAAGCGUGCGCUGCCUGCGACGGAGACGACACCCGGUCGCAUCGUAGUGGCCAACGCGAAGGUGGAUCAACUGCACGGGUUGAACGCGUCCUAUCUAGUAGAUAAACUGCCCGACAGCAAGGGACUCCGCGUGGUGUUCCACGCGUGGUUUGACCAGAAGAACAUUCCUGCCCCCACCAGCCACAGGAAGUUUUCCAGACGCAAGAGCGAUGAGAGCACAGCAAGCACGAGCUCCGAUGCCUCCAACUCCAGCACACGUUCCGAUUCAUUCGACUUCGGCGACAGUACCAAGCACAAGGCCCAAAUGCGUCGCCUGCUAGCGCUAGCUCACGGCGUCACAAAACUCCCCGACCUCGUUCGACGUCGGCGCUUUGGCGUGCAAGUACCCGCGGAUCUUAGCGCUGUUCACGUCCAGAACACACGCUGUCCAUGUUGCACGCACAGCCUUGCUCCCGUCAAGUUGUCGCUCUCAAUGGCUGCGUCAGCUAUUGCGAAUCGGAGUUUGGGAUCUCUCAAGCAGGACACAAGACGGUGCUUCCUCUGCGGGUAUCUAGUGUGUGUUGACUGCUGGAGCGCCGAGCACAUGGAAAGUAUGACAGGUCGAGUCGCUGCCAUUGUUGUUUGUACCCGAUGUCGCGCUAACGUCCAAGCGUGCGAAUACUCGGAAGUGUUUGCCGGCACAGCAGAGCAACGAGCUAAACACCGCGGUCCACCUCGUGUGGUCGAAGACUCGAACGAUAAUAAGCCCACGAUAUCGCUGCUGAUCGAUUUCUUAUCGGCUUCGCUACUCAACGCGACAGCAGGAAGCCCCGAGCAUGCGGCCGCCAUGGCUGUGAUUCGGACGCUGCUCCGACAAAGCCAAGAAGAUUCGGAAGACUCGUCGGACUCGGACUUUGACUCGGAGGAAUACGAUGGAGACGACGACGAAGAGGACGACAACAACGAGGAAGCUGAACGCUUGGCCACCCGGUUUAAGGUACUAGGCGAGCUUCUAGGCGACGAGAAUAAAUUACCGGCCUUGGACGCCUGCAAGCUCGGGAACGGAGACCAACGUAACUAUCCUCUGGACCUUCCCGAUGACCCGACAGUCGACGUUCCCCGCUCUCCGAUACCCAGCAAUGAGGCGGAUCGCCUCGCGGCUGGGAAAUCCUCCGGGCUGCUUCAACUCGCCGACCUGCUCGCACCCGAGAAACCCCCAGCGACGACGGACGUCUCCGUACCGAAGCCGGACACCCACGACCUGCAGCUACUGUGCCACCUCGCCGUCAAGGCGCUGGGCUGCGCCUAUUCCUUCGUGACGGUCAUGUGCUCAAAGCACGAGCACGUUCUGGCUGGAACGCACCCAGACUUCUGCGGCGCCGCCGUGCCUCGGGAGCAGACGACGUGCCAGCACGCGCUCAUGUCUCCGCAUCCGUUCAUGGCGGCGCACCACGAGGCCGACAUCCGCUUCCACAAGCUCGGAGCCACCUCGCACGUCCCCAUUCGGUUCUACGUCGGCUUCCCACUCAAAGUGCCGCUUGCUAACAGCGGUGAGGACCUGACCGUGGGAAUGCUCUGCUGCAUCGACUCCAAGCCGCGCGCGGAGAUCACGCGCACGCAGUACGGGACCAUGAAGCGCCUCGCCAGCACCGCCAAACACUUUUUGCUGCAAAAGAGUCGGCAAUUG